AAAACUCUGAGCUCUGCUCAGGGACCUUGCAUUUGUCUCCUUCCUGCCUGAGCGGCUGGUUCUCCCAAACACCAUCUUUGCACCCAGUUCCUAGUUAGGAAGCUGGUGCAGGUAUAGUUACGCGCACGCGCGCCCGCGCCCGCGCCCGCGCAGCUCCGCCCCUGGGAGGAGGGGGAACUCCACCCUCUCCUGGACGGCCUUAAAUGCAGGCGGUGGGAACUGCCGCACAGCCCCAACCACAAUCUCUGUCUAGGUAGUGGAACCUGCGGGUUGGGAAACUUCAGGAUGGUUCAUGCUAAGAGCUGGACCCUGAAGAAGCACUUUGAAGGCAGCCCUACUCAUAGUAACUUUGAGUUAAAGACAGUUGAACUCCCAUCCUUAAAAAAUGGAGAGGUCCUGCUGGAAGCUCUGUUCCUUACCGUGGAUCCUUAUAUGAGAGUGGCGGCCAAAAGAUUGAAGGAGGGUGAUAUGAUGAUGGGACAGCAAGUGGCCAGAGUUGUGGAAAGUAAAAAUUCAGCCUUUCCAGCAGGAACUGUGGUAGUGGCUUUUUCAGGCUGGACAACACACUCUAUUUCUGAUGGGAAAGAUCUGGAAAAGCUACCCGCAGAGUGGCCAGACACGGUACCGGUGUCUUUGGCUCUGGGAACAGUGGGCAUGACAGGACGCUUAACGACUGAGCCACCCAGGCGCCCCAAUGAUGUUGCCUUUAACUAGAAAACAGUAGAGUCUUUGGAAGAAACUUUGAAAAAAGCCUCUCCUGAUGGUUAUGAUUGUUACUUCGACAAUGUGAAUGGAGAGUUUUCAAACAUUGUUAUCCCCCAGAUGAAGAAAUUUGGAAGAAUUGCUAUAUGUGGGGCCAUCUCUACAUAUAAUAGUACUUGCCCUCUUCCCCCAGGCCCACCCCCAGAGAAUAUUAUCUAUCAGCAGCUCCGCAUGGAAGGGUUCAUCGUCACCCACUGGCAAGGAGAGGUCUGCCAGAAGGCUCUGAAAGACUUGCUGAAAUGGGUCGUAGAGGGUAAAAUCCAGUACCAUGAAUACAUCACUGAAGGAUUUGAAAACAUGCCAGCUGCAUUCAUGGGAAUGCUGAAAGGAGAUAAUUUGGGAAAAACAAUAGUGAAAGUAUGAAAAAAAUGACACAUGGAAUCUAGAAAUCAUUUGGAUAAUUACUUAAUUUCUUCUUAACCAUUUAGUAAAAAUGUAUACUACUUUCAUCAUCUAAGAAAUAGUCAUUGUGAUGAGUUUGAUCUCCCUAAUAAAACACAUCUAAGUGGUAUGUAAUUAGAACAGAGAGUGAAAAUUUCAUAGUGAACAAUGGCCAGUCACCUCACUCCCUACUACAGCUCCUGGGUUGUGGUGCAAAAUAAUGGUUUGGAGUCCAAAAGUUUACUGCUUCUGUGACUUUGGAGUUCUGAUUUUUUUUUUUUUUUCCUGAUCUGUAAAGUGAGGAGAGUACCAUCUGCUUUAUAUACAUAUUAUAAAUUUAUUUAAAACACCAGCAUAGGGGCACCUGGGUGGCUCAGCUGGCUAAGCAUCUGACUUGAUUUCGGCUCAAGUCGUGAUCUCAGGGUUGUAGUAUCCAGCCCGGCAUCAGGCUCCGUGCUCAGCGGGGAGUCCACUUGGGACUCCCUCCCUCUCCCUCUCUCCUUUUCCUCUCACCACACAUGUGCUCUCUCUCUCCAAAAUAAAAAAUCAUUAAAUCUUCAAAACGAAACAAAAA